AUGGAUCCUGGGGGCUUCACCGCCCGCGGGUUGCCACGCGCAGGUCCCCGAGAUGUGCUUGCAGCCAUGCCGGAUCAUAUGUCGAUGAUCCCCUACAACGGCGGAAACCAAGAUGUCGUUCUCCGACACAAUGAUUCCGUCGUGGUUUAUGACCGCGACUCGCAGCAGAUAGCUCUCCACAAUGCAUCUGAAGCUCCCGACAGCGAUGUCGAGCUGGCGAAUUGCCCAUUGUGUCACCGACCCAUGCGUGACAGUAGCAGGGGCCGUCAUCGCAGCGAUAGCCAUCGCGAGGCUGAAUUCAUCAACCCAAACUACUUCCGCAUGCUCAAUAACAGCCUCCCAAGCUCCGCCAGCUCGUCGACCCCGCCUUCGCCUCGUCGUCGUUUAGUACGCCCUGCCCUUCCAGAUGGCUCUGCGAAUGAGGGACCUACCAGCGCUCCCUCUGAACAAACUCCUCCGCAAGGAAUCUCGUCGGCCGCAUUUAGCCCGGAAUACUUCAAAAAGUUCUUUGUGGAAGAGAAACUUCUCGGUAAAGGUGGAAAGGGCGUCGUGUUGCUCGUUAAGCACGUGCUGGACGGCGUCUCACUCGGUCAGUAUGCUUGCAAACGUGUUCCCGUAGGGGAUGACCAUGAGUGGCUGGAGAAGGUCCUCGGUGAGGUACAACUGCUACAGCAUUUGUCCCAUCAGAACCUAGUGUCCUAUCGCCAUGUUUGGCUGGAAAAUGCCAAAAUAUCCACCUUCGGGCCAAGUGUGCCCUGCGCAUUCAUUCUGCAGCAAUAUUGCAAUGCCGGCGAUCUUCAUAACUACAUCUGCGGCUCUGUCCAGCAAUCAACGACAGCGCAGCAGCUUAAGGACCGACUUCGCCGAAGAUCCAAAGGCGAACCAGACAUCCAGUUCGACCAAGCAGGAGCGCGCACACUCCAGCUUGAUCAAAUUUAUUCUUUCUUCCGUGAUAUCACGGCUGGCUUGCGCCAUUUGCACACUAAUGGGUACAUUCAUCGCGACUUGAAACCCAAUAACUGCCUGCUCCAUGAGACUAGUGAUGGGAUCCGAGUAUUGGUCAGUGAUUUCGGUGAAGUCCAAUCACAAAAUGACAUGCGCAAGUCUACUGGGGCAACAGGGACAGUCUCGUACUGUGCACCCGAAGUUCUGCGCCGUCAAUAUCCGGGUGGUCCUUUCGGCAACUUCACCUUCAAGUCUGACAUAUUCUCUCUGGGGAUGAUUCUUUACUUCCUUUGCUUUGCAGAGCUUCCAUAUUCCAGCGCGGACAUCAUUAACGAAGAGAAAGAAGAUCUAGACCUGCUGCGAGAAGAGAUUACUCGAUGGACAGGGUUUGACAAUGCUCGUCGAGUUCGUCGAGAUCUUCCAGACAAACUCUAUGACUUCCUCGAACGACUGCUUUCGGUGAAUCCCGAUCGUCGUCCCACGGCAGACGAAGUAUUGAGCGGAAUCCAAGUCGGCGCAAUUACCAGCGACAGCUUUCGCUUCAAAAGAGCAAGUUCUGCGAGCCCUGAUGUGACCGGAAGUACUCGCAUUCGCCCUGUGGAUAGCCCCCUGCCCUCGGCGGAUGGACGCGCUCUCUCGCCUACCAAGAAGAAUCCCUUGAACCAGGUCGCAUACCGACAUGAUUCCAUGUUUGACUCCAGUGGAUCGAGAGGCAGUCCGACUCCUGCUUCUGAAGGGGUCAUAGAUAAUCGGCCCUCACUCAGUCCAGACCGGGACUUGGUAGUGCGACCUCGGUACUCGACUUCUCCACCGAUUUCGCCCACAAGGGCGAGCCAUGGCGAACUUCACAGCGCCAACUCUUCUCCAGUUCAUCGUCAACAACUCCUUCCUCCUCCCCCUAGACGAUUUUCAAUCCUUGAACCCCUCCGAAAUCCUGCAGUCUCUAAUCUUUCACUGCAAUUUUCUCUCUUCCUCCUGAAGAUUGUUACUGUGGUUCACCCCUGUUCCCCACUCUCUGUGAAUCCGUGGGUCCUCUAUCCUCUCCUUCUUUCGCAGGGGUGA